AUGGCCAUCUCUAAUGCCGCCCUCGAAAAGCUCAUUCGGGAGAUUGAGAGCCAAGCUGCAGCCGCCGAGCAGCAGAUCAGCCUCUCCCGAGCCCAGGUCACGUCCAAACAGAGAGAAAUCCGGCUCCUGAAGUUGACUCUGGAAGAGCUUUCUGGCGUAUCGCAGAAGACCCCUACCUAUGAAGGAGUUGGCAAAAUGUUUGUCUCUGUGCCACCACCCAAGCUUUGCGAGAAGCUUCGCUCGCAAGUUAAGACUUUGGAAGGGGACGUGGAAUCCCUGGGCAAACGACUUGUCUAUUUGGAGACUACGCGGAAAAACAGUCGUGAGCAUAUUGACAAGAUGCUAAAACAAGCGCCCGUCAAAGGGUUGGGCGCCAACUGA